CAGAUACGCCACUGUCUAUGCGUCAGCGGCCAAAUAUCAACAUUGAAUUUGAGGUUAAAUUUUUUAAUUUAUUCCAUUAGAAUGUUAUCCUCAAUGAUUAAAGAGCACCAAGUGCGCCAAUCCGCCAAGAAAGAAAGCCAAGAAAAUAAACGCAAAGAAGCCGUACUAGCAGCAAGCAAUUUGACACAGGCCCUUGUCGACCAUUUAAACGUGGGCGUUGCUCAGGCGUACCUUAAUCAGAAGAGACUAGAUGCGGAGGCAAAGCAGCUACACUCGAGUGCCGCAAAUUUCUCUAAGCAAACAGGGCAAUGGCUAAAUUUGGUCGAGACAUUUAGCAGCGCUCUUAAGGAAUUGGGUGACGUCGAAAAUUGGGCAAAGACUAUUGAAGGGGAUGUUCGGACAAUUACGAUAGCGUUAGAAAAUGUUUAUAAGGAUUCUCAGGAAACUCAAAGCCAAUAAUAUUUGUCAGCUCAGAAAUAAGUAGUUUUCUAUUCAUAAUUAUUACAGGUUUUACAGAAACGAAAUUUGCUGUAUUACUGUACAUGUCUAUAUCAUCAGGUAAACGCAAUAACCUUAGACGUUGAGUGAAUAGAUCUACUAAGGAAUAGAUCAAUGAUCAUAUACUGGGUUCGCACCAUAGGAUUCAAUAGUAUUUUAUUUCUGAUUAUUGGCUUCCUUAAUUAUUUUAGAGAUAGUCUAUUUAGGUUUUUUUGUAGUGAAAAAAACUAUGAAUCCAUGCAUACUCUUAUAGCUUUUAUUUUUUUGAACUUUGAAACCAAGAAAUUGGAUAUCUAAAAACUGGCGCUUUUAAAGUCAGUGGUGCCAUGGCAGUUUGAAAUCAAGCAAAGCUCUUGUGGCGACCAUUAACGCAAUCGAUAGAUCCUAGAAAAACAAUAUAGGUGGUUGUCUAGGUGAAACAAAUUUAAUAAUUAAUAAUUGGCAUUCUGUAUAUAUUUCAAAACGCUAAUAGGUAGUUCCUUUUCCUGUAUUUUAUAAUAAAACGCUACAAUUUGGUACAGUAUGUACGAAUUCGUAAUUUUUUUCUCUACAAAAAACCUAAAUAAACUUUAUUUCUAAAAUAAUUACGGAAGCCAAUAAUUGGAAAUUAAAAAAAUACUAUUAAAUUUCCUAUGGUGCGUUCAUAGUCAUAAUGAGCGAGAUGACCAACAGUAGAAUACCAAUCAUGCGCACUGGAUUGAUACUCCCGGAAUUUCUCUAGCGUGUUCUUUCCCGAAAACCAGACCACCAACGGCUUAGAAUCAAGACGAAUCCACAUAUUUUGCACCUAUGGGCCCCUCCGACCCCAACCAAUUAAAAGCAUUUUAUACUCCAUCCAAAAUUUGUUUCUAGAAAUUGCAAU